CGAAUCUUGAACGGUCGUCAACCGCGCCGAUGGAGCCGACAUCGCUCGACGCGCCGACGACGGACGCUGCCAUGCCACCGCCUUCCGCCAGCGACGACAAUGCACCAAACGAGGCCUCUGAAGAAGUAGUGGAGAACAUUCCCGUCGUUGCACCACCACGCACGCCUUUGGAGCAGUUGGUAGAUGUAAUGGUGGCGGCCGAGCGAUCAUGGACCGCCAAGCUGGACGAGUACGCGCGGCGCAUCACCACGCUGCGCACCAACGCCGUGUCCAUCAAGCAGUCGCAUCAUGCGUCGACACUGGCUUUCCAGAAGCAGCUGCACGAGGCGCAGCUCAAGAACAAGUCGCUCUUGGCCAAGUGGGCCAAAGAAAAGGAAGUGCGGUCGGCCGAGAAGGAGUGGAUCGCGGAUGCAUGGCCGUCCCAUGUGGUGUUACCGCCCACGGUGCUGCGUCCGUUCAUGAAGGAUCUGCCGGCAACGCCCGCCGAAGUGAACGCUCGAGCAGCAGCCGCCCACAUGCAGCUCGCGCUCCAGACGGAGGCCAACGAGAUCGUAUCGCGCAUGGCCCAAGCCAAGCAAUGGUCGCUCGUCGAUGGCAGCUACUUUUACAACGCCAUCACGGGCGAAAGCGUCUGGGAAAAGCCGGCCAUCAUGGCGUACGAACCGCCACUCGGUUGGGACAAGAAGAAGAUGGCGUGGCGUGAAGGUGUCGUGCUCACGCUCCUCACCGACGUCACGCCGCGAUACACAACGCAGCUGAUCGAGCCCGGGACAAGUGGAGACGACAUUGUCGAAGCGGACAAGGCUGCGACGGAGCAAGCACCCGUCAACGACGACGACAACGACAGCGACGCCGAAGCCGAGGCGCUGGAUCCGCUCGACGUUCGGCGUCAGUUUGAAGUCAAGCGAGACGAUAUUGCACGCCGGGAAGCGCUUCUUCGCGGCGACCAACUCGCCCUUGAAACGCUGAGCCAGCAACUUCAAAAAGUUGUGGGGCACCGCCUUCGUACCGAGGCCAAAGCCAUUGACGACGAGGCCCAAGCUUACAUUGCUGCCGAGCGCAAGAAAAUUGCAAAGAAGCAGCGCGAGCUCGCAGCAGCCAAGGCCGAGGCCGACGCCAAGCUCGCGAAAGAGAAGGAGCUCAAGACGGGGCGCAAAUCGCCGGCGAAAUCACCGGUGGGAAAAGCCGUCGAGUUUGAAGCGCCGCCCGAGCCCGAAGUUAUCGCGCCUGUGGACCCGGACCGACCGCGGCUCUGCGCGCCGCAGAGUGCCGUGCCGGUUGUCACGUUUCACAAGGUCGCGGACGCCGCGUACCAGCACAUGCUGACGCUUCAGUCCGACAUCAAGGCGUUUGUGUUGCGAGAAGACGCGCUGUGGGAGAAGCAUGACGCCUUCCGCGAGCGCCUCGAAGCGCUCGUGGUCGACACGACCGAGCGCAUUGACAACCUCGAGGCGCGAAAGGCAGAGCUGGAAGAGAGCCUCGCCAUAGGUGGUGACGAGCUCGCAGCUUUGCAGCAACCGCUACCGCAGCCAUCGCUCGCGCCUGAGGACGAGGACGGCCGGUCGCGCUUUGACGUGUACGACGAAGCCAUGGCCAAGUGGGAUGCCACGGCCGCCACGCGCGCGCAAGAGGCGCAGGAGCUCGAGCACAAGCUGCGCGAGUGGACGCACGAGCUCAAGCACCAGCCAACGCCCUCGAUUCGAGACACGCUUGGAUUUUACGAGGCGGUCGUCGCAGCUGAGGUCGAGCGCGGCGCGGGUCUCUGGUCCAAGAAGACCGAGUACCUCGUGUGGCGCACCAAGUCGCUCGUGGACCGCACGGCGCGGGAAGAGCGGCUCCACAUGCUGCAAACCGACUUGGCCGAUCUUCAGACGCGCCUCGACGCCGCCAAGCGCGUGCCCUUGCAAGCCAUGAACGUGCUCGAGAGAGCCAAACUCGAGGCCCUCUCGGACGCCCAGUGCAGCUACUACUGCGCCAAGAUCCAAGCGGCGAUCGGCGAAAUCGAGCGCGAAGAGAAGGGCCUUGUCGACCUCAUGGCGUACGAACUGCAUGCGCUGCACUUUCACACAAUGCGCCUCGAGGAAGAAGCACUACUGCAGAGCGACGCAGAGAGUCUCUGGGACGACGCACAGGCUGAGCGAAAGGUGCUCGACGCGGCCGAUCUUGAACAAGCCAUGCUCGCCAAAGCGGGCUUGCCGCCGUCGCCUGCCAUGUCGUCUGCGCGAUUGGUGUUGCUGCGGCAGAUGAUUGCGCUCAACUACAAACGAGAGGCGCGCUGGCGUGCCCUUGCACGACUCGAGCGCACCGACGACACCAUUUGGCUUGAAGCCGACGAGUGGCUGCUCACGCAGCAAGCGCAGCGCUACGAAGCGCGCCUCCGCGACCUGCAGAGCGCCCAUGCGGUGGCCAUCUUUGGUCUGGAAGAGACGAUCGAGAAGCUCCAGGCGGAACUUGCGAUGGCGGUGCUGCAUCAACGCCAAGUCGAGCACGAGAAGGCUACGGUCCUCGCCAUGUUGCAGGAUGUGGACCGCGUCGUCGACAAGACGACCGUCGAGACGCUGCGGCUCUUGAAGCUUGAGAUUCAGCGACUCGAAGCCGAGAUUGUCGCGAUCAAGGCCGCGUAUGAGGCGCAGAUCGAAGACCUUGUUGCUGAGCACUCGACGGCCCGGCAGGCACUGGAAACCAAGCUGGAGGCGACGCUCGCGGAUGCAACGCUGCGCAUGCAGUGGCUCAAGGCCGUCAAGUGCGAACUGUCCGACCACAAGGUGCUCAACGAACACCUUUUGAUUGGCAUCGCAGCGCUCGAGAAACGCCGUGCCGCUGAAAUCAACGACAUGCAAGCGCGCAUCGUCAACCAACUGAGCAAGAUCCACCGACUGGAAAUGUGGAACAUGUCACUCAAGCAGUGCAUCGAAGCCAGCAACGAUCUCAUGCUCAAGUACCAGCGCGACCUCGAAGCCAAAGUCCAAGAACACCGAAAAGACCAGCGACAUUUGCGGCGUGAGAUCUGGCACCAGCGCGUGAGCGUGCAGCUGCUGCUGGCAAAUGCACAGCACCUUGUGCGCUUUUUCCUUCAGGGGGUUGCACACCUCUGCGGCCACGCCAACGACGCCCUGCGGGACGCGUCGGUCAUUCCCAUUCUUGUCGCGCUGUGCAAGGCACCGAGUGUCGCGGCCGAUCUGCGCACGCUCGCGACCGCGUCGCUCGGUAAAAUCGCGUGGAACCAGCCCCAGUCCCAGCGCUACGUGGGAUGGCGAGCCAAGACGAUGUGGCACAACUGGGUGCAAGUGCUCACAAAAGAAGCGUACGUUGUGCUGGAAGAAACCAAAUGCGACGACUUUGACGCGUCCAUGGACAUGGGUUCCGAAGCGAUGAACGUAAGUGCAGAUCCGCGCGAGCACGAGAAGUACCAGUCGCACCUCGAUCGAUUGCACGUGUUGCGCGAGGCAAAGCGCUGGCCGCACCACCCGACGCCCCCCGACUGCUGCGUGAACGAGACAAACCUAUUGGCCGUCGGCGACACGGACGGCGCGCUCCCCAUCUUGCUCGGUCUCUGUGGCCCGGGGCACCCCACGCCUGUUCGCGAGAGCGCACUGGCAUCGAUUGCGAUUUUAGCCCUCCACGCGCGCAACACCCACCUCAUGGGACGUACCCCGGGUUUCCUCCAAACGCUGUUGGACUUGAGCAAAACCGCGGCGUCGCCCACUUUGCAAAUGCACGCGUUGCAUUCGCUCGGCAAUCUCGCGUUCAACAACGUGACCAACCAAUCGCUCUUGUUGCGCCUCGACGCACUCCCGAUGCUACUGCACUGCUGCAAAACGCAGCGCGACGUCGAUGUGCUGGACGUGGCGACCGCGGCACUCGCGAGCUUGAGCCAGCGCCACGAAGGCGUCGGCUUUGCCUUGCUCCACAGCGACGGCAUCCUGCAGCUUCUCGAACUCGCCCAAGCGCCGUACUUGAGCGACGCGGUCGAAGACAACAAGCUCGAUUGCAUCCAAGGCAACAUUGCCACCGUGCUCGUCCACGUCAUGGAGAGCUGCGCCAACGGGUUCCGGUCGCUCUGCGCCAAGGCGCCCGAGACGUACGUGACGCUGUGCCUCCAGCUCUGCGGGUCGCCCUUCACCACGGUGCAGCUCGCGGCCGUCAUGGUGCUCGGGCACUUGGCGAUGGACGAUGCGCUCCGCGCGUGGCUCGGUGAUAACGACGCGAUCGAGCUUCUCCUGGCCUUUUUACCCGACGAGAUACCAUCUAUUUCAAGCCACCGCAGUGAGCACCAGACCGAGUCGCGCGUGGGCCUCGACGACGACGAACUGCCGCUGCAAGUGAGCUGGGCGCUUAUUCAACUGAGCUGGCACCGCGACAACCAAACGCGGCUCGCGCUGCAUUUGCCCAAGCUCUACGUCUACGCCACCCAACCGGCUGGCCGCGUCCGCGUCCACGUCCUGACGAUUGUCGCCAACGUGUUGUUUUACCACCCCGAGAACCGCGCCGCGGUCCUCGCCGACCCACAGCAGCGAUGGAUCGACCUCUUUGUUCAGCUCUGCGAGGACUUCGCGGUUGCGCCGCAGCGCGAGGCGAACGCGGGCGCCGUCGAACACGCGGUGCGCGCGCUCACGGGCUUGAGCUACGACGCGCCCUUUGCCAGCGCGUGCGACCACCUCCGCAUUUGCAUUGCGGUGCUUGCCGCCACCGAAAUCGACGCGCCGGUCGUUGCACUCGCGCUGCAGUGGCUCACGAAUCUGUGCGUUUUGGACUCGCAGAAGAGCGUCUUUGCCCACUGCGACGGCGCGACCGAGACGGUCGUGCGGCUCUGUGGCGCCAACGACCGGCAUGUGCGCGACAAGGCGCAGACCGUGCUGGACCUCGUCGGCGACGCCCGGCCGCGCUGGCGGCAGUAAUUUGAAAAAUGGUUGCAACGACGACUGUUUUGUGGUCUUGCGAUGCAUCCUCUCUACCCGGUAUCGAUCCAACUCGUAUCCAA